AUGACGUUUGCCGGUUACACACGUUUGAAGGAGAAAGAACAGUUUCUUAAUCGAUUAGCCUUCAUCGCUUAUAAAAUUGAGAGGAUGGAAAUUGAAGAAAUGACAAUCACCUCCGAUCACCCCAAAGACAAGGAACAACAAUACCCACCUCCGGUCAACACAGAUGACCACUAUGAACAACCACCUCACGUGAACCACCACCACCGUGAAGAACCACCUUUCUCUCCUCUUCCACCUCCCUUCGACCAGUUUCGAAGUUACAGAGAAAUAUCGAUUCACCUUACUCACCUCCUCCUCCACCUUACCGGCCUCAACCACCAGAACGUCUGUUGCCACUACUGUGAUGACGAUUCUUCUCUCCCACCAACUCCAAACGCCAAUGGCGACAACCGAAAACCACCUGAUACCUUUGAUUACUACCUGGCAGAGAGCCACCGUCUUGCACCACCAUCACAACCUUCCUACCAUGUCUCUCCUCAGUGCAGCCAUCAUAGCCUUCACAAUCCUCCGAUUAUCUGUUCACACAGUAACCACCAAAACCCCACAAAUUAUACGGACAAUAAACCCACAUUUCGGGUUUAUACAAAGGCGAAAACAGAUUACUCUCUCACUAUCCGUAAUGGAAAAGUGAUUCUUGCUCCAACCAAUUCUUCUGAUCUUCACCAGCAUUGGAUCAAAGAUGAUAAACUUGGUAGUAGCAUUAAGGAUGAAAAGGGCAAACCCGCUUUUGCCUUGGUCAACAAAGCCACCGGAGAGGCUAUGAAAUUCUCUAUCGGUGAAACUUAUCCGGUUCAGCUGAAGAAAUACAAUCCGGAUGAAAUCGACAUGAGUGUUCUUUGGUCUCAGGGCAAUGACUGCCUGUGGGCAUUAAAAAACAUGGUUGCGUCCAUGACGGUACAGAAAUUGUUUUGUGGAAAUGGAACGAAGGCGAUAACCAAAAGUGGAUCAUAUUCCCGUAUUGAUUUGUGUGAGUGUGAAGUUUUGAUAAUCAACCAUGACAGAUGCUUUGUUUCACGUCAUGUGGCGUUCUUGUGUUUUUUGAGUGAUGACGUGUUUAAAUAACAAUGAUCGUGUUUCUUAUAAAUGUCCAAUUUGACAUGUUUGCAUGUUUGUUAUGCCAUUUUGUAACACUUAGAUUUAUGCUCAUUGUUUCUUUUGGACAAAAUUAGUUGGUUGAUGACAGCUAUUAAAGUAUCGUAUGUGUUUGGUU